AUGAUAGGUGAUAGAUUAUCGACGAGAUUGGUGAGAUACGAAAAGCCAAGUGAUGGGGUUAUGGGGACUAAAAGUUUAUUCGAUAUUGCUUCUAAAGUAACUUCAGCCGAAUUUAACAAUGGCGUGUAG